AUGGGGGACGAUCCGGGAAGGCUUUAUCGUCUGGAUGGAGUAGCUCAUAUCGCCGGUGUUAUCAACGACGAGCCUCGUCGUUGCAUAUCCAGUGUUAGGCGGCAACAGGGGAUGCGUCUUGAUGAGAGGUAUGUUUCGUACUUGCAGAUGGCGGGACUUUACCAUCUUGCGAGACUGAACGACAGAUGGUUCCGACUAGACGAGCCCCUAGUCAGUGCAUUUGUCGAGAGGUGGCGGCCUGAGACGCACACCUUCCACAUGCCGUUCGGAGAGUGCACUAUCACGCUUCAGGACGUCGCAUACCAGCUGGGGUUGCCAGUCGACGGAGAUUAUGUUAGUGGUUGCCUUACGGACUUCCACAUUUACAUUGAGGGUGGGAGACCUGCUUGGCAGUGGUUCCAGGAGUUGCUCGGUGUUUUACCGCCGGAGAACCAGGUGCAGAAAUUCGCAGUCAACUGCACCUGGUUUCAGGAGACAUUCGGGGAGUGUCCAGACGGGGCAGAUGAGGAGACAGUUAGGCGCUUUGCCCGGGCCUAUAUCAUGAUGUUAUUGGGUACGCAGCUGUUUGCCGACAAGUCCGGCAAUCGUAUACACAUCAGAUGGCUACCAUAUGUUGCUCGGCUUGAGGAGAUGGGUCGCUAUAGUUGGGCGUCGGCUGCACUAGCAUGGAUGUACAGGUGCAUGUGCCGAGUCGCCAACAGACAUGUGGUUAAGUUAGCUGGCCCGUUACAGUUAUUACAGUCAUGGAUUUUCUGGCGGUUUCCUACACUUAGACCAUCUGGGUAUGAUGAGAUCAGCUGGCCCCUUGCAUCGAGAUGGUCUGGUUACAACCCUGGGAUUAGCAACAAGGGACCUCGGGUACAGAUGGCUCGCAUGCAGAUCGACUUGUUACAGCCUCGGCAGUUCAUAUGGAUGCCCUAUAGCGCAGUCGACGUCAUCCAGGUUGUCCAUCCUGAGGUGUUGGAGCCUCGGCAUACGAUGUUGUGGCGAUGCAGGACGGCCCUUAUUUAUUUUGCGGUUGUCGAGUGGCAUCAGGUUGACAGAGUUUUACCUCAGUUUGGCGGCGUUCAGCCCAUACCGUCUCCCGCCCUGAACAUCGACUUCCUGAUGUUGAAGGACGGGAGAGGAGGGGACCGUUGGUUCCCGGCACAGUACCCCGAUUGGCAUCUUUACUGGCAGGAGCGUGCUGAUUAUAUUCUACAGUUUGACAUCGUGCCCGACCCUGGUCCGUCGCAUGAGUUCUUGACAUGGUGGUAUCAGCAUUCUCACCCUCAACUAGUGCAAAUGCCACGGGUAGGAUGUUCGAGUUUCCGUCUUGUGCAAUGGCGACUAGCAGUGUUCCCCCAUACUUCCCAUAUAAAUGGGUGCCAUCAAUACUCACCAAAGGCUUGCAAUGACGGAAUGCCUGGAUACAAGGGGGGAAAGUCCAGAACAGCCUAUGAAAAUAAACCUGAGAAUCGUCAACCUGUCCCCCAACUCGAACAGGGCAAGUCCUGA